AUUGAUUUGUUUUAUUAUGUGAACGAAUGUUAAAUAAAAUGUAAAUAAUUAUCUUUUUUAAUACACACAAAGAACUGAUAAUGAUCAAGGACGGCCUAUUAUUAUAAUGAAUUCAUCAUGAAAACUAAAAGCUUUCUAUUAUUCUCGACAUCGGUGAUCGCUAUAAGUUUAUUUUUAUUAGUAUUUCACUCGCAGCCGCCGCAAUCGUUUCAAAACAUCGUAACUCAAACACAUCAGCACAUCAAAGAUUUUCAGGUUUCUCUGACCCAGGAGCAACUUCGGGAUGAAGAAGAGCAGCACCUGGUGCAGGAGGAGAAAUACAUGCGCCUGGUGGGGCUGGAGGGGCACACUGAGCUCUGGCACAACACUACAGUACCAGUAAUUGUAACUCAUGCCCGGAACGACGACCAUGGCCUUGUCGUAUCCUUUAUACGGGACUGUGCAAGACUUCCGUACACAGUUCUGGUUUAUAACUUAGGUUUAAAACCUUACUCUUUAGCUGUGGUCUCCAACUACUGCAACUCUACAAAGUGCGUAAUCAUCGACUUUGACCUGCGACAGUUCCCGUCACACGUCAGUGACGAGAGCAUCACUGCGUUCCGCCCGCUUAUCAUCCAGCACGCUCUAAGCCGCACGGGCGGCGUGAUCUUCGCGUCGCCCCGCUGGCGCUGGGCGGGCAGCGCGGGCGCGUUGGGCGCGCUGUGGGCGCGGGCGGGCGGCGCGGACUCGCUGGGCGCGCUGGCCUGGCCGCGCCGCGCCGCCGUCACGUCCCUCACGCACCCGCGCAUGUUCCACUACCUGCGCGCCAGCGCCGACGACUUCCUCUUCGUGCAGAUGCUGGACGCCGGCCGCCUGCUGCUGGCGCCGCGCCCGCCUCUGGCCGACGUCAUGCGCCAGUGGAUCCAGUGCGCGCUCACGCUCGACUGCAUCAUGCCCAUCGGCGCGCAGUCGGGCGGGUGCCGCUUCGACAAGAAGCCCCAGUACCGCUACUCCGGCUGCCACGGGCAGGACGCGGCCGCGCUCAGCAUCGUGCUGGGCACGCGCGCCGGCUUCGAGGAGGCGCGCUACGCCGUCGCCGACGAGCGCCUGUGGCGCCGCGCCGACGAGCGCAACGCCACGCAGGCGCCCCCCGAGCGCCCCCCGAGCGCGGCUGAGCGCGCCGGCUUCGAGGAGGCGCGCUACGCCGUCGCCGACGAGCGCCUGUGGCGCCGCGCCGACGAGCGCAACGCCACGCAGGCGCCCCCCGAGCGCCCCCCGAGCGCGGCUGAGCGCGCCGGCUUCGAGGAGGCGCGCUACGCCGUCGCCGACGAGCGCCUGUGGCGCCGCGCCGACGAGCGCAACGCCACGCAGGCGCCCCCCGAGCGCCCCCCGAGCGCGGCUGAGCGCGCCGGCUUCGAGGAGGCGCGCUACGCCGUCGCCGACGAGCGCCUGUGGCGCCGCGCCGACGAGCGCAACGCCACGCAGGCGCCCCCCGAGCGCCCCCCGAGCGCGGCUGAGCGCGCCGGCUUCGAGGAGGCGCGCUACGCCGUCGCCGACGAGCGCCUGUGGCGCCGCGCCGACGAGCGCAACGCCACGCAGGCGCCCCCCGAGCGCGGCUGA